GAGACCCUGACCGUGCCCGUGACCCCUGACCCGCGGUGACCUCCGAUGGGCGGCAGGCUGGCGCUGCUGGGCUUGCUGUACCUGGUGCAGGGCCUGCCCCACGGGCUGCAGGCGGGGCUGCUGCCCCUGCUGCUGCUGCGCUCGCAUGGGCUGUCGCUGACCCGCGUGGGGCUGACCCGCGCCCUGCACGCGCCCUGGCUGCUCAAAGUGGCCUGGGCCCCGCUGGUGGACCGGCGCGGCUCCCCGCAGGCCUGGCUGGCCCUGAGCACCGCGGCGCUGGGGCUGCUGUGCUCGCUACUGGCGGCGCUGCCUCCCGGCUCGGGGCCCGGCUCGUCGGGGCUGCCGGCCGGGGCCGCGGCGCUGCUGCUGCUGCUCAACGCAGGGGCCGCGGCGCAGGACGUGGCGUUGGACGGGCUGGCCGUGCGGCUGCUGGCCCCUGCCGAGCUGGGCCCGGGCAACACCGUGCAGGUGGUGGCCUACAAGCUGGGGGCCGCCCUGGCCGGCGGGGGGCUCCUGGCCGUCAGCCCCGACCUCACGUGGGGGUCCCUGUUUCUGGGGCUGGCCACGGUCUAUGGGCUGGCCGCCGCCCUGGCCUGGGGGGCCCCUGCCCUGCAGCUCCCACCCCUGCGGGCCCAGGAGAGUCAGGGCCACCCCCCUCGUGGCUGGCGAGCCCUCCUGGCUGUGCCGGGGACCCCGUGGACCGCUGGCUUUGUCCUUCUCUACAAGUUAGGUGAACAGGGUGCCAUCAGCCUGUUCCCUCUCUUUCUGCUGGACCAGGGUGUGUCAGCUGCAGAAGUGGGGCUGUGGAAUGGGAUGGUGGCUAUGGGUUUCUCCAUCGCUGGUUCUUCCCUGGGUGGUGUUCUUCUUGCCAAGCACAGGCAGCCCCUGCCUCUCCUGAAGCCCCUCCUGCAGCUGCGCAUUGGGGCCCUGGCCUUCCAGAUGGCUCUGCUCUCCUGCUUGCCUAGCUCCAGUCUGGGGGGCCUCUUAAAAGGGGCUGCCUUGGUGAGCCUUGUCCCCCAGCACUUUCUGAGUGGAACUGUGACCACCCUCACCUUUGCUCUUAUGAUACACUGCAGCCAGCGAGCACAUGGCUCCAUCCAGUCCACUCACUACAGCUUUCUGGCCACAUUGGAGCUGCUGGGGAAGUUGCUGCUGACCACAGGGGCUGGAGCCCUGGCAGAUGGGCUGGGCCUGGGGCUGUGCUUCACACUCUUCCUUGCCCUCUCUCUGGUAGCCCUGCUCUAUCUGGACUUGGCUCCCAGUAGCCUGGGUUGAACAAGGAAAGGAAAUGAAGGGAACACUCCCUCAUCCCCUGCUUCUCACACCCCAGACUGGGGCUGGGACCUGGGACCUGUUUUCAGUAUCAAUAAAAACAAAUCCAUGGGCUUUUUA